AGGACGGGAGUGAGUUACGGUCCUGUGCGCAACACCGAAAACGGAGAAAUGGAGAAAAUUGUUCAAAAGACCCCGAACUGGGCACAAGUUUUCAUGACAGCGUAUCUUCUGUGGGUUACGGGAGCCACUACACAGAAAGUGUACUUUGACUGCGGGGCGGUGGUGGACGUGGUGGACAUCCGAGGCCUCAUCCUGUCGCCAGGGUUCCCGUACAACUACUCCUCCGGCACGCACUGCGUGUGGCAGUUCUUCGUGCCCGUGGGCUACCGGCUGGUCAUGGAGAUCCUGGACUUCGACGUGUUCGAGAGCCACGACAUCGUCGCCAGGUCCCCUGUCGGCCCGCAGGAGGAAGAGGAGGAGGCCGUGCCGGACAGUUCCACGCCAACCCCGAGGGGCGCCAUCGACGGGGAUUACAUGGCACCCCCUAAAGUCCCUGGCCUUCAGUCUCCCCUGGGAGGCAGCCCAAAGGCCUCCCAGGCCCCGCAGAAGGAGGAGGUCAAACAGAUGGUGGUGGUGCAGGAGAAGUCUACCAAAAUGGAGAUGACCAAAGUCUCCAACUCGGCCAAGUGGAUCGCCGAAUCUCCCCCUGUGCCAGGCUCCCCACGACCUCAGUUAUACCCACAGCCCCCCACCGAGAAGAAAAACUCAAUUUCCCAUCAGGCAUUUCGAGGGGACCCAAGGGCGGUGACCCCCAGCCGGCCGGACCACGACCCCACCCCGACCCCGUCGCCCACGGAGACGGUCACCGAGGAGACCCAGCAGCCCCUGACGGACUCCUGCCCCCACGACGUGCUCUACAUCUCCGACCUCAUCACCUUCUCGACGCGCUUCUGCGGGUCGCACCGGCCCACGGGCGGGCCGCUGGCCUUCGGCUCGCAGGACGAGAUGGUGGAGGUCAUCAUGGAGCUCAUCACCACCACGCACUGGGGCCGCGGCUUCGCCCUGCUGUUCCGCUACCACAACCGCACCGAGCCGGCCGACCAGCGGCUGCUGGCCCCGCCCGCCGCAGGCAAGAUGGACGCCCUGCUGGCCGCUGUCUGCGGAGCCACCCUCUUCGCCGUGGUGCUCACCAGCGCUCUGUGCGUCAUCUUCAGACCUAAACUAUGCGUCAAGAAAGCCAGCACCAGCUCCUCCAAUAGCUCAGAGCUCCAGGAGGGGGUGCCCAGCCAGGGGGGUGACGUGAGCGAACUGCAGCUGGUGCCGCCCAAUCACCCAGGCCUGGAGGUGCCCACCAACGAAGAGGACCAGGUGUUCACCCCGGUCCUGGGCCAGUCACACUCAGGUUCCCCCAACGGUGGCGGGCCGGAUAUUUCCCAGAAUUCCGAGCUGGAGCUGUCGCCUGACGGACUGAUGGAGCUGGACCUCGGGACAGAUGAGGUGUUUGUGAUUUCGUCGGGACCCCCCAGUACGAGCACACGCCUGCCCUUCUGCCCCUACACGCAUAGGGAACGGUUCCUCAGACACAGUGACACGGGUCCCGGGCCGGGCUGUGAUUGGCUGUCCCCCGACUCGGCCGGCGACCUCUCUGUGGGGGGGCAGGGUGGACCGGGAGGCGGGGCCAGCAGUGCCAGACCGCGGGCGUGGAGCGUGCGCACGUUUCAGGACCUCCUGCCCCCCCUGCCGCAGCUUCAGAGGACGUGGAGGAGCUGGAACUCCACCAGCCCCUUCACCAAGCUGGUGGACAGCGCUCCGGCUGGUUCAGGGGCAGGUUUCCAGAGCGACGGCCCCCGUAAGAUCUUCUCGGACACUCACCUGGAGACAGGUAACCAGUCGGACUCGUCGUGCAGCGCGGCCUCGUACCCGCUCACCCAGGCGGCGCAGAGGCAGCGGCGGCUGAACUCCGCGGGCAACCUGCGGCGUUCACGCUUCACCGCGCCCUGCUUCAGCCAGGGGCCGCAGCCUCACUGCCAGGGGCCCCCGCCUCCGUGCCAGGCCCCGUCCACGGAGCCCGGCCCCCAGGGGGACCCCCAGGCCGGGGGGAAGCAGUGGGAGUUCCCCGGGGAGGGGGACCACGUCAGCGUGCCCGUGUUCGCCAUCCACGAGGAGGAGGACCGCCAACCGCUGGUGAUGGCGGAUCACCUGGGCCAGCCGCGGGCGUCUAUCCCCAACGGCCUCACCCCGGACCCCUACGGCGGUAAGACUCAGGCCAGGGCACGCAGCCCUAACCCAGGGUCCGGCCCCAGCCCCCGCCCCACCAACGGUGCUCUACUCCCACGAGCACGCUCAGACCGCAGGCCCUGGGGAAGCCACGCCCCCUCCGCAGACAGCCAAUCCCAUUCGCCCAUGGACGCCGAGGUCCGGGAGCUAAAGUCCGCCCUGGUGCACAGUACUGCCAACCAGAUCAAGCCUUCCGCUCUCAGCCAAUCAACAGUGCCGAUCGUUGUGGUGGGCAAAGAGAUGUGACUGCCCUGCCAUUGGACAAAGAAGAGACCUUUUUUUUUUUAAGCCAACUUAUAUAAUGUAAAGGAAUAUACAACCAACAGAAUACCUUUUGAUUCCUAGUCUUAAAAAAUGAAAUUAUUGUAUUUAUGAAGAUGUGGGUUUUGGGUUAAAAGAUGAAUACUUGGAACUGGAGAAGAGCCUUUCCCCAACUGUUUUUUUUUGUUUGUUUUUUUAAGACCCACUCACCGUCAAAACGUUUUAUAAGCAAACAUUUCUACAAAUCAUAUACUCUAUAAAUAUGUAUGUAUGCCUGUUUGUGUUCAAAAGCCACGAUUAACACGUUUGCUGCUCUGACACUUAAGCACUUAUUUGGAGCAUCUCACCGAUCGGUUGUGACACUUCAAUGGGAAAAAGUUCAGUUCAAGCCAGCUCAUUCCUUUGGAGAAGAACAUUUGAAGUCUGUCCCAAACUGGCCACAGAAUGGCUUCUCUCUGCUGGUGGAUGGGUUGUGGUUCGGUUGCUCUUUUUCAUCGAAAUAAAAAUAAAAAUGUGAAAAAAUGUUUUUAA